GGGUUGGUUGUUCGGGAAGUUCUCAGAGAAGGUGACAUUUAAGACAGCAUUCCAGAGAGAGAACGGGGUAAGGCCAUUCCAGGCAGCAGGAAAGCUGAAGCAAAGGCGGGAGCAGGGAGAACCACAAAAGCACAAUGUGCCUCCUGGGUACUAAGCAGAGAUCGCGUGGGCUCCUGGACCUCACUGAGUGCAGAAGAAGCCGCAGAGCUACCUGGGGCCAAGUUAAGAUCUUCGACUGCUUUGCUAAGGAAUUUCGUAAUUAUACUGGAGGAGCGAUCCACGCCUUAGCAGCAAUCACUCAGGCAGUUUUCCAGUUUACGACGUGCUAUGCCAUCCCGUACUACAUCUACUCCUUACAGGAGCCCUCAGAGACAAUUAGGGAUAAGUCAUUGACUCAUUCAACUGAGGCCCCGAGUGGUGGCUCUGACUUUAUAAUGCAAGAAUUAGAGAAGAAAGAAGAGGCAGUGGGAGAGGAGGCCAAUGAUUGAGGCUCAGGCCACAGCCUAGGCCAGGAAGGCCGUGAGUCUGCAGCAGGGGCCAAGGCGGUGCGGACCGAAUGAUCCGAGCCUCCCCAGCCAGGCCCCCUCCUACUCACCCUCGCCUCCUCCAGGACUGACGUCCCGGGGGCGGCUCCAGGAGGCGCGACCCGGACCGGGCCGCCCCUCCUGCCGAGCUGGGACACUAUACCCAGCCAGGUCAGACCCCACGGCGCUGAAGCUAGCGGAGCCCCUCAAAAGGCCGCCCGAGGCUUUCGGCCGCACAUCCUUCUGGGAAUUGUAGUUCCCAUCCUCUGAAGCACCGCGUACACCCGCCCUCCGCCCUUCUAUCCCACAGGACCCCGCGCGUAGAAGACUCGGUGGACCAGGGCCGAGAGCCCAAUGGGAAAGGAAGUUCUAGAUGACGGACGACGUGCGGAAUGAGGUUAGUCCAGGACUACAUUUCCCGAAGCGCACCGAGGUGGGCAGGACCCGGAAGUGAGGGUGUGAGAGGCCUCUCUGGAAGUUGUCCCGGGUGUUCGCCGCUGGAGCCCCCGUCGAGAGGACGAGGUGCCGCUGCCUGGAGAAUCCUCCGCUGCCGCCGGCUCCCGGAGCCCAGCCCUUUCCUAACCCAACCCAACCAAGCCCAGUCCCAGCCGCCAGCGCCUGUCCCUGCCGCGGACCCCAGCGUUACCAUGCAUCCUGCCGUCUUCCUAUCCUUACCCGACCUCAGAUGCUCCCUUCUGCUCCUGGUAACUUGGGUUUUUACUCCUGUAACAACUGAAAUAACAAGUCUUGAUACUGAGAAUAUAGAUGAAAUUUUAAACAAUGCUGAUGUUGCUUUAGUAAAUUUUUAUGCUGACUGGUGUCGUUUCAGUCAGAUGUUGCAUCCAAUUUUUGAGGAAGCUUCCGAUGUCAUUAAGGAAGAAUUUCCAAAUGAAAAUCAAGUAGUGUUUGCCAGAGUUGAUUGUGAUCAGCACUCUGACAUAGCCCAGAGAUACAGGAUAAGCAAAUAUCCAACCCUCAAAUUGUUUCGUAAUGGGAUGAUGAUGAAGAGAGAAUACAGGGGUCAGCGAUCAGUGAAAGCACUGGCAGAUUACAUCAGGCAACAAAAAAGUGACCCCAUUCAAGAAAUUCGGGACUUAGCAGAAAUCACCACUCUUGAUCGCAGCAAAAGAAAUAUCAUUGGAUAUUUUGAGCAAAAGGACUCGGACAACUAUAGAGUUUUUGAACGAGUUGCGAAUAUUUUGCAUGAUGACUGUGCCUUUCUUUCUGCAUUUGGGGAUGUUUCAAAACCAGAAAGAUAUAGUGGAGACAACAUAAUCUACAAACCACCAGGGCAGUCUGCUCCGGAUAUGGUGUAUUUGGGAGCUAUGACAAAUUUUGAUGUGACUUACAACUGGAUUCAAGAUAAAUGUGUUCCUCUUGUCCGAGAAAUAACAUUUGAAAAUGGAGAGGAAUUGACAGAAGAAGGACUGCCUUUUCUCAUACUCUUUCACAUGAAAGAAGAUACAGAAAGUUUAGAAAUAUUCCAGAAUGAAGUAGCUCGGCAAUUAAUAAGUGAAAAAGGUACAAUAAACUUUUUACAUGCCGAUUGUGACAAAUUUAGACAUCCUCUUCUGCACAUACAGAAAACUCCAGCAGAUUGUCCUGUAAUCGCUAUUGACAGCUUUAGGCAUAUGUAUGUGUUUGGAGACUUCAAAGAUGUAUUAAUUCCUGGAAAACUCAAGCAAUUCGUAUUUGACUUACAUUCUGGAAAACUGCACAGAGAAUUCCAUCAUGGACCUGAUCCAACUGAUACAGCCCCAGGAGAGCAAGCCCAAGAUGUAGCAAGCAGUCCACCUGAGAGCUCCUUCCAGAAACUAGCACCCAGUGAAUAUAGGUAUACUCUAUUGAGGGAUCGAGAUGAGCUUUAAAAACUUGAAAAACAGUUUGUAAGCCUUUCAACAGCAGCAUCAACCUACGUGGUGGAAAUAGUAAACCUAUAUUUUCAUAAUUCUAUGUGUAUUUUUAUUUUGAAUAAACUGAAAGAAAUUUUGGGUUUUUAA